GCGGUAUUAUCCAUCCACCACGCGAACUCCUCUUCUCACGCCGCCUUGCCUCCUCUUCCACCCCUCGCCGUCCCUCGCCCUCCUCUGCGCCCGUGCGCUCGCCUCAAAACCCCCGGGGCGCCGCGCUAAAACCCUAGCCCUCGAAUCCCCCCUCGCCCGCGCGGAGCAGUCGAGCCCCUCCCCUAUCGCCUAUGGCGUCCUCGGGGGCCGCCGCCAACCUAUGGGUGCUGCUCGGCCUCGGCAUCGCCGGCGUCCUGCUGGCGGCGCGGCGGCUGAGGCGGUCCGCGCGCCCCGACCACGGCGCCUUCAUCGCCCGCCUCGAGCUCCUCCCGCCGCCGCAGCCCCCGCCGCCGCAGGCGCCCCACCCGCUCACGGGUCUCUGCUUCGCCAUCGCUGACGCAUUGCAUGUCAGUGGUUAUGUUACAAGUUUCGGCAGUCUUGAAUGGGCAAAGACACAUGAUGCCGAGACGCAAACAUCUCCAGUGGUUUCAGCUCUUGUUGAUGGUGGUGCUAUUUGUGUUGGGAAAACUGUUAUUGAUGAGAUGGCCUACAGUAUCCAUGGUGAGAAUAAGCAUUUUGAUACACCAACAAAUCCUGCUGCUCCGGAGCGAGUACCAGGCGGAUGCUCAAGCGGAUCGGCUGUUGCAGUUGCUGGUGGAAUGGUAGAUUUUGCCCUGGGUAUUGACUCAAUUGGAGGAGUAAGGAUACCAGGUGCUUAUUGUGGUGUCUUGGCGUUCAGGCCUUCCCAUGCUGUUUCCAGUGGUGGUGUCAUUCCCGUUGCACCCAGCCUUGACACCAUAGGCUGGUUUGCAAGGGAUCCAAAUGUGUUGCGUCGUGUUGGGCAUCUCCUCCUUAGACUUCCUUAUGCUGAUAUUCGCCCACCUAGACAUUUUUACAUAGCAGAUGAUUGCUUUGAACUUUCGAAGAUACCUGCUAGAAGGCUUACUCAGGUGGUGACAAAAUCUGUGGAGAAGCUUUUUGGAAGACAAGUCACUCGUGUGAAUCUUGAAAAUUAUUUGGCUUCAAAAAUAUCCAGCCUGAGGAACUAUUCAAAUGGGCAUAAGAAUGGGGAUUCAAAGUUCCCUUCGUUGCUAGCACUUUGUAAUGCCAUGCGAUCACUUCAUAAGCGUGAAUUCAAAGAUCAGCAUAUGGAGUGGAUAAACUCAGUUAAGCCUGCUGUGGAUGCUCGCAUAGUCAGUAAUUUGUCUGAGGAUGGUGAUUCAGAUAUUGACGCUUGCCAAGAUGCAAGAAACAAAGCACGCUUAGCUCUAGGUGCACUUCUUAAGGAUGAUGGGAUUUUGGUCAUUCCAACUGCUUUGGGAUGCCCCCCUAAGCUUAAUGCUAAGGAACUCUCUUCUGAAAGCUACAAUUCUCAGACAUUAUGCCUUUCAUCUUUAGCUAGUAUGUCAGGGUGUUGCCAGGUUUCGAUUCCUCUGGGUACGCAUGAUAAGUGUCCUAUUUCAGUUUCAUUCAUUGCUAGGCACGGUGGUGAUCGAUUUUUAUUGGACACCGUUCAAACCAUGUAUGCGACCAUCCAAGAACAAGUGGAGAUCCUAGCAAAAUCUAAUGUUUCAAGUAAACAGGCAAUGAACGAAGAAGCGGCUGAAACUGCUAAAGAGAAAGGUAAUGCUGCAUUCAAGGAAAAACAAUGGCAAAAGGCAGUAAAUUUAUAUACAGAAGCAAUCAAAUUAAAUGGAAAAGUGGCUACUUACUACAGCAACAGAGCUGCUGCCUUUCUUGAACUAACUAACUACCGUCAGGCUGAGGCAGAUUGCACAAAUGCCAUCGAUCUUGAACCAAAGAGCGUGAAAGCUUAUUUACGGAGAGGAACUGCUAGGGAGAUGAUGGGUUAUUAUAAGGAGGCUGUUGAAGAUUUUAACCAUGCCCUCGUUCUAGAACCAAUGAACAAGACGGCUGGUGUUGCCGUUAACAGGUUAAAGAAGUUGUUUGCGUAAAUACGAAGUCGUUGAAUCAUUUCUGCAUGAAGAUGUGAUGACAUCAGAUUUUGUGCACACACAAGUUGUGUGUGUCCGGGGGGUGGGAUCGAAGUACCUGGGGGGCUCAAUCGACGGAUGCUGCUGCACAUGCUCUAUGCUCUCACAAGGUACCGAAUCCUCACAGCUGGUGGCAACGGAUUUCAAAAGCAGUGGUCAGUUACAGUCAAUUUACCCGGCUCCUAUCCCCCCAAAGUUUUGGAAAAGCAAAAUAAUACACAAGUUUUUGGGAGUUGAUCACAGUAAACAUUGUCUUCAAAAGCGCUUUACGGGUGUCCUCGGUCCCCCACCAUGUAUAAUAUCAGCUCCACCAAUUAUUUGUUCAAACGCUUUGCCAAUAAAACCUUUUCGACAUA